AAUAUAGUCCUAAUUAUUGAUAAAAACAAAAUAAGUUGGUGAAAUCCUUUUAGCUUGUGGUUGAUUUUGUUUUGUAGAUGAUGUUGGGCCCACCUCAGGUCAACCUGCACCAUCAGAGAAUCCAGCGGUCAACUCCUCUGACUCAUUGACCAGCAAUAGUAACAGUGUCAAUGACCAAGCACCAGUUCAAGUGAGUGAGCAGUCUCACGGACCUCACCCCAGCAUGACGAGUGGCCAAUCCAAGCAGGACGGGUACGAGUCCCAGCCAUCCUUAGCCGACGAUGUGGACCUGGAUUCGCAGACUACACACAAACAUCUUGUCAGUAACAACAGUGAACCAGCUUCUACCACAAGAACAGAGGAUAUUCUGCAAAAUGGAAGCAUGCAUGCAGUUAACGAAAACACCAGGCAGAAUCUAGAGAAUGGAUACGAAACCACUUGUGUAGGGGAACAACCUUCCAGCACCAACAGUGAACCAGUGCCCACUGCGAGAACAGAGAAUGUUGAACCAAAUGGAAACAUGCUAAAUAACAAGGACACCAGUGUUGUUAGAGAUGGACAGAAUUCAGAGAAUCCACAGAAUGGUUACAGGACCUCUACAGGAGGGGGCCCGCAGCCAGAGAAUGAAGAUACCAGUGUAGCUCUGAAGAGCUGGAAAGUGAAUAGUGGAGACAAUUACGAGGAAUAA